AUGUUCACCGAGUUUGGUGGCAAUCGUAUGGAAGUCCUCAGAGGAGUAUAUCAAAUUCCAGAGCGUGUGCUUUUCAAACAGCCCUAUAUAGCCAACUUCCUGUUGGGCGGAGCCUAUGACAUAGAGAGUGAAAAUUGGGGUCGCUGUAGAGCCCCUGUGCCACGCCCAGGUCCCAGCCUCUGCGGCGUCCUAAUGACCGCAGAUUCCAACAUACCCGUGAUUCUGAAGGGCGACGAGAGCAUCGGCGCUGUCGUGCUGCAUGCGGGGGUUAACGACACCAAGCUGCGGCAGACGGAGACACUGAAGAGCGACUUCAGGAGCCUGAUCGAGACGGUACGCAGCACAUCGCCCGCGACGACAAUCAUCGUGUCAGGACCACUUCCCACGUAUCGACGAGGACACGAAAGGUUCAAACCUGAAAAAUGCAAAAUAAAUGAACAAAAACAAUUUCUAAAGCUUGGGCUCCUAAACAUUAGAUCACUCGCACCCAAAGCAGUUAUUGUAAAUGAAAUGAUCACAGAUAAUAGUUUUGAUGUACUUUGUUUGACUGAAACCUGGCUUAAACCAAAUGAAUAUUUUGGUCUAAAUGAGUCUACUCCACCAAGCUACUGUUAUAAACAUGAGCCCUGUCAGACUGGUCGUGGCGGUGGUGUCGCUACAAUAUAUAGUGAUUUUCUCAAUGUUACUCAGAAAACAGGAUACAGGUUUAACUCAUUUGAAAUACUUAUGCUUAAAGUUACCCUGUCAGAUAUGCAAAAUAAAUCUCUCCUAUCUCUUGCUCUGGCUACUGUGUAUAGACCGCCAGGGCCAUAUACAGAUUUCUUAAAAGAAUUUGCAGAUUUCCUCUCAGAUCUAUUGGUUAAUGUUGAUAAAGCGCUAAUUGUCGGAGAUUUUAACAUUCACAUUGAUAAUACAAAUGAUGCGCUAGGACUUGCGUUUACUGACCUAAUAAACUCUUUUGGAAUCAAGCAAAACGUCACCGGGCCCACUCAUCGUUUUAAUCAUACGCUAGAUUUAAUUAUAUCGCAUGGAAUUGAUCUUACUGAUAUAGAUAUCGUACCUCAAAGUGAUGAUGUUACUGAUCAUUUCCUUGUAUGCUGCAUAUUACCGAUAUUAACUAUAUGGCUCCGCGUUAUCGUCUGGGCAGAACUAUUGUUCCAGCCACCAAAGACAGAUUCACAAAUAACCUGCCUGAUUUAUCUCAACUGCUCUCUGUACCCAUAAAUACACGUGAACUAGACGAAAUGACUAGCAACAUGGGCACUAUCUUCUCUAAUACAUUAGAAGCUGUUGCCCCCCUCAAUAUGAAAAAGGUUAGAGAAAAAUGUACUGCGCCAUGGUACAACAGUUAUACCCAUUCUCUCAAGAAAGAAACUCGUAAUCUUGAGCGCAAAUGGAGAAAAACUAACUUGGAAGUUUUUAGAAUUGCGUGGAAAAACAGUAUGUCCAGCUAUAGACAGGCUCUAAAAGCUGCCAGGGCAGAGCAUAUCCACAAACUCAUAGAUAAUAACCAAAACAAUCCAAGGUUUUUAUUUAGCACAGUGGCUAGACUAACAAAUAAACAGAUGCCACCCAAUCUAAAUAUUCCCUCACAGUUUACUAGUAAUGACUUUAUGAAUUUCUUCACUGAUAAAAUAGAUAACAUUAGAAAUACAAUAACAAAUGUAGGUUCUACACCGUCUAGUACUUAAGUUUCAUUCACUGCUCCCAAAGAAAAUCUGCAGUGCUUUACAACUAUAGGACAGGAAGAACUAAAUAAACUUAUCACUGCAUCUAAACCAACAACAUGUUUAUUAGAUCCUGUACCCACUAAACUACUGAAAGAGUUGUUACCUGUAGCAGAAGAACCGCUUCUCAAUAUUAUUAACUCAUCGUUAUCUUUAGGUCACGUCCCAAAACCAUUCAAGCUGGCGGUUAUUAAGCCUCUUAUUAAGAAACCACAACUAGAUUCUAGUGAGCUGGCAAAUUACAGACCCAUUUCAAAUAUGCCGUUUAUGUCUAAAAUUUUAGAAAAAGUUGUGUCUGCUCAAUUGUGCUGCUUCUUGCAAAAAAAUGAUCUCUAUGAAGAAUUUCAGUCAGGUUUCAGGCCUCACCAUAGCACAGAAACUGCACUUGUUAAAAUUACAAAUGACUUGCUUCUUGCGUCAGACCAAGGCUGCACCUCAUUGCUAGUUUUACUUGAUCUUAGUGCUGCGUUCGACACUAUAGACCAUGACAUACUCAUUGAUCGAUUACAAAACUAUACGGGUAUUCAAGGGCAGGCUUUAAGAUGGUUUAGAUCCUACCUGUCCGAUCGCUACCACUUUGUUUUUUUAAACGGGGAGUCAUCUCAAUUAUCACCAGUAAAGUAUGGAGUACCACAAGGAUCUGUCCUAGGUCCUCUGCUAUUCUCAAUAUACAUGUUGCCCCUUGGUGAUAUUAUUAGAAAAUACGGGAUUAGUUAUCAUUGUUAUGCUGAUGAUACUCAACUAUAUAUCUCAACAAGACCAGAUGAAACUUCUGAACUAUCUAAGCUAAUAGAUUGUGUUAAAAUUGUGAAAGAUUGGAUGACCAAUAAUUUCCUCCUAUUAAAUUCGGAUAAGACCGAGAUAUUACUUAUUGGUCCAAAAAACAGUACCCAGAAUCUCUUGGAUUACAAUUUGCAACUAGACGGAUGUACUGUUACGUCCUCUAAAGUCAAAAAUCUGGGUGUUAUAUUACAGCAACUUGUCCUUUGAAAAUCAUAUUUCCCAUGUUACAAAAACAGCAUUCUUCCAUCUUAGAAACAUUGCCAAGCUUCAGAACAUGCUACCUGUUUCAGAUGCAGAAAAGCUAGUUCAUGCAUUCAUGACCUCUAGACUGGACUAUUGUAAUGCACUGUUAGGUGGUUGUCCUGCAUCUUCAAUAAAAAAGCUACAGAUAGUCCAAAAUGCAGCGGCUAGAGUCCUUACCAGGUCAAGAAAAUAUGAUCAUAUUACCCCAAUCUUACAGUCUCUGCACUGGCUACCUAUUAAGUUCCGGAUCAAUUAUAAAAUAUUAUUACUUGCCUAUAAGGCACUUAAUGGUUUAUCUCCUGCGUACCUAACUAGUCUUCUACCACACUACAAUCCAACCCACUCCCUAAGGUCGCAAAAUUCUGGACUUCUGGUAGUAUCUAGUAUAGCAAAGUCCACUAAAGGAGGUAGAGCUUUUUCACAUUUGGCUCCCAAACUCUGGAAUAGCCUUCCUGAUAACGUUCGGGGUUCAGACACACUCUCUCUGUUUAAAUCUAGAUUAAAGACACAUCUCUUUAGCCAAGCAUUCACAUAAUGCCUCUUAUAAUCUUGUACUGCAUUUAUAUCUGAUCAAAUGUACAUUAUAAUUCUUUAGAUUGGGUUGAACAAAUCAUUUUUGCUUGAAUAGAACAGCAGCUACGCUAAUUAUGUCUCUAUCUGUUUCUCUGAUUCUGGACUAGGAAUUACUGAAGCGUCAGCCUGGAUCCAACCCUUAAAAAGAUCUGAGAUGACCAAACACCUGAGAAGAGAGAUGGCAACACCUCAGAGGACCAUGGAGGAUGCCAACCCUCAGACAACACAUUACCAAUACCUCUGUGUUUGAUUGCGCACAUGGUCCGGGUGAGCAGAUGUAAGCAUUGUGGAUUUGUUUGCUGAUGAUCACGUUCAUUCUUUGAUCCGGAAAAUCUCUGAAAAGUAGUUCGGGAUUGAUGGCGUUGUUGCAGGUUUAGUUGAUCGCUGUUCCUCCAGUGUUUGUUAUGUUGCAUGUCUUCAGCUAGCCGGUUCUUGUAUAUGCGCGCUGUAUGCCUCCAGCGCAAUCAAGAUUUGAAUGACUGUUGUGAACUGGACUGGCUAGCAGAGUGUUUUUUAUUUUUUUCCAUUUUUGUUUUUUUGCCUGUAAAUCACUUCCCAGCCUCAUGUUGCCAGCCAACCUUUGUACCUGUUAUACCUGUUGAUACUUUAAUCCACAUUAUUUAUUUUGCAUGAGGGUUAUGUUUGCAGUGAAAUUAAUCGUGGAUUUUGAGUUUUUGAGUGGGGUAUUUUUUUUAUUAUUUCUAGUAAGAAUUGGAGGGUGUUUAUGUAAAUUUUUUUGUUUGGGUUAUUUUGUGUGGAGAAGCUUGGGUUGUAUUGGGGUUUAUGGAGGGUUGGCUGAAUAUUAAUAUCAUCUUUGAGGGGAAAUUAAUUUCUGUUAUAAGAUGUAUUUUGUUUGUAUUCAUUUCGUCCUAUCGGUUUGUUUGUAUUAAUAAAUCUAUUUUUGUGAUACAAGUUUGUGAUUAUUAGUUUUUGUGGUCACCCUUGACUGAACUCCUUUUAAGUUACAUCAUUUUCCACAGUAUCUCCGGUAUAGUCUACACCGAUACAAGCGGCGUCUCGCUCUCUCCUCUCCAACAGUGAGUUUGACACGCAUCGCCUCCUGUCGAUGAUUACAGAUGAUUACUCCUAUUACAGAGUCUGAAUGUCCACGCAGGAUUGCAGGUAUUCCGCAUAAUUUUAAUCAUGGCAAGCACUUUAUUGUAACAUGAGAAUGCGAGCUUUGUGAACUGGAUGCAAGCUUUUAAAAAGGCUAGGUCUAACUUAUACAAAUGAACUGCUUGUCCUCUCACUCCGAUAUUGCUUGUGCGCACUCAGACUGUGUGCAAUCGCGAUCUCUCCAUGCUUUUAAAGUAGAAAUUAUUUAUCUUUGCUCCUGGAUUAAACUUUGUUGAAAGUCAUCAACGAUUCAGUAUAGAUCCACGCCUGACCGAUGGAAAUCCUACUGGAAAUUUUAUUGGCUGCAAGUGAAAUGCACCAGAAAGUUUUAG